UGCUGACCGGAUGGAAAAACUUUCUCCAUGAGCUUUUCUCUGUCUCUGUGUGACAACCGGAGUUUGAGUUCUUGGAUCGUUUUUUUUGCGUCCAGGCGCUUUAUUUUUGGCCGAGCGCGCGGUAAGUGCGUGAUGAAGUGAUCGGCGGAGUUUCUCAGGAGUUUGUAGUGAAGAAAGUGAGUCAUCAUCAUCAUCAUCAUGGGGAACCGCGGGAUGGAGGAGCUGAUCCCCCUCAUCAACAGACUGCAGGACGCCUUCAGCUCCAUCGGCCAGAGCUGUCACCUGGAGCUGCCGCAGAUCGCGGUGGUGGGCGGCCAGAGCGCCGGGAAGAGCUCGGUGCUGGAGAACUUCGUGGGCAGGGACUUCCUGCCGAGAGGAUCGGGCAUCGUCACUCGCAGGCCUCUGAUUCUGCAGCUGGUGAACAGUAAAGCAGAAUACGCAGAGUUCCUGCACUGUAAGGGCCGUAAGUUCCUGGACUUUGAUGAGGUUCGUCAGGAGAUCGAGGCCGAGACGGACCGACUCACCGGAUCUAAUAAAGGAAUCUCUCCGGUGCCCAUCAACCUGCGUGUGUACUCUCCAAACGUGUUGAACCUGACGCUGAUCGAUCUGCCCGGGAUGACGAAGGUGGCAGUGGGAGACCAGCCGGUGGACAUCGAGUACCAGAUCCGAGACAUGCUGCUGCAGUUCAUCUGCAAAGAGAGCUGCCUGAUCCUCGCUGUCACGCCGGCCAACUCCGACCUCGCCAACUCUGACGCGCUGAAGAUCAGCAAAGAGGUGGACCCUCAGGGUCUGCGCACCAUCGGUGUGAUCACCAAACUGGAUCUGAUGGACGAAGGGACGGACGCCAGAGACAUCCUGGAGAACAAGCUGCUUCCUCUGCGCAGAGGUUAUAUUGGUGUGGUGAACCGCAGUCAGAAGGACAUCGACGGCAGGAAGGACAUCAAAGCUGCACUCGCUGCUGAGCGGAAGUUCUUUCUGUCCCAUCCGGCCUACAGACACCUGGCCGAGAGAAUGGGCACACCGUACCUGCAGAAGACCCUCAACCAGCAACUGACGAAUCACAUCCGUGACACUCUGCCUGCGCUGCGCAGUAAACUGCAGUCUCAGCUGCUGUCGCUGGAGAAGGAGGUGGACGAGUACAAGAACUUCAAACCAGACGAUCCAGCGCGCAAAACCAAAGCCCUGCUGCAGAUGGUGCAGCAGUUCGGCGUGGACUUCGAGAAGCGCAUCGAGGGCUCUGGAGAUCAGGUGGACACUCUGGAGCUCUCCGGCGGAGCGAGGAUCAACCGCAUCUUCCACGAGCGCUUCCCGUUCGAGCUCGUUAAGAUGGAGUUUGACGAGAAGGAGCUGAGGAGGGAGAUCAGUUACGCCAUCAAGAACAUUCAUGGAGUCAGGACGGGGCUCUUCACCCCUGACAUGGCCUUCGAGGCCAUUGUGAAAAAGCAGCUGAUAAAGCUGAAGGAGCCGUGCCUCAAAUGCAUUGACCUGGUGAUCCAGGAGCUCAUCAACACGGUCAGGCAGUGCACGCUGAAGUUGAACUCAUAUCCUCUUUUGAGAGAAGAGACGGAGAGAAUCGUCACCACCUACAUCAGAGAGAGAGAAAGCAAAACUAAAGACCAGGUGAUGCUGCUGAUCGACAUCGAGCUCUCCUACAUCAACACAAACCACGAGGACUUCAUCGGCUUUGCCAAUGCGCAGCAGCGGAGCGCCGCCGUCACUAAGAAGAGAGCCAUGCCCAACCAGGUACAACACACACAUUCACAAACUGAGCCGAGAGCUGAUUGGUCUGUCCCUGUUGCUCAUUAUCAUAUCCCCGCCCCCUCGGUUCAGGUGAUCAGGCGCGGUUGGCUCACCAUCAACAUCAGCAUAAUGAAGGGCGGAUCCAAGGACUACUGGUUCAUCCUGACCGCAGAGUCUCUGUCCUGGUACAAGGAUGAGGAGGAGAAAGAGAAGAAGUUCAUGCUUCCUCUGGAUAACCUGAAGCUCAGAGACGCUGAGAAGGGCUUCAUGUCCACCAAACCCACCUUCGCCAUCUUCAACACCGAGCAGAGGAACGUGUAUAAAGACCUGCGGCAGAUCGAGCUGGCCUGCGACUCUCAGGAGGAGGUGGACAGCUGGAAAGCAUCCUUCCUGCGGGCGGGAGUCUAUCCUGAGAAAGACCAGCCGGAGAACGAGGAAGGUGUUCCCGCCGACUCUCUCUCCAUGGAUCCUCAGCUGGAGCGGCAGGUGGAGACCAUCAGGAACCUGGUGGAUUCUUACAUCGGCAUCGUCAACAAGAGCAUCCGAGACCUGAUGCCCAAGACCAUCAUGCACCUGAUGAUCAACAGCGCGAAGGAGUUCAUCUACUCGGAGCUGCUGGCGUUUCUGUACUCGUCUGGUGAUCAGAGCAGUCUGAUGGAGGAGUCUACUGAACAAGCGCAGCGGCGUGACGAGACGCUCCGCAUGUAUCACGCUCUCAAAGAGGCGCUGCACAUCAUCGGAGACAUCAGCACCAGCACCGUAUCUGUACCUGUGCCUCCACCUGUGGACGACACCUGGAUCCAGAAUGACCCCAGUCCUCCAUCGCAACGUAAACCAUCCUCAGGCUCAGCUCCGCCCCCUGGCCGCCCCCCUGCAGUGCGAGGCCCCACCCCCGGUCCUCCAGCUCCUCCUCCUCUUAACCCCUCCCCUGCAUUCGUAGCUCCGCCUGUUCCAUUCAGGCCCAGCCCUCCUCCAGUCAGUGCUAAUGUGUUUGGGAGUGGCUCGCUGGAGGCUCCGCCCCCUCAGGUGCCAUCUCGCCCUGCCCGCGUGCCGCCCGCUCUGCCGCCCGGCAUACCCAGCAGGAGGCCUCCAGCGGCUCCGAACCGGCCCACUAUAAUCAGACCGUCAGAGCCGUCUCUGCUGGACUGAAGAGGAUCCAGAACACAGCAGCUUUAGCAGAGAGCGCCAAAGACAACUACAACACACACACAAGUGUCAUAGUUCAAAAAGGGCUACUCAUUGCUUCAUUGACACAUGAUAUCUGAUACUCUUCCGAGCUUUUUUUCCAAGUAGUAAUACUAACAAGACAUAUAAAGAUUGAGUUAAGCAUUUUCACAUAUGUAUUAUGAGAUGAUGAUUUCAGGGGAUUUGUUUGGGAGUAAACGUGUGAUUCAGACGUCAUAUAGUGAAGCACAGGUCUGUUCAUUUCACACACGUGUCAUUAACACACAAUCAUGUUUACAGACUAAACCUUGACUGACCGCACUAAGGAAACACUUUAUUAACAUUCCCAACGAAGACAGCAGACAGUAUUGUCAGUUUUAUCAUUUUGAACACUUAUUAUAGUAUAAACGACACUAACUACAGAAACCUUGUCUUAAUACAAACACAGAAUACUGUGUUCAUUAACACAAUGUACUUUGAUCUUAUUUAAUACACUUCUCAAUAUUUGACCAUUUUAUUAAGUAAUUGUAGAAGUGAGGCUUGUUUUCAGAGAGGUUUAUUUCUCGCAGUUAAACCGUCUUGUUCAGCUUCGCUUACUACAUUGAUUUGGUUCAUAGAUGUUUAGAUAGUUUUAACUCAUUAGGGAAUGACUUUAUAUUGUGUAUAUCUAACAUGAGAUCUUUCUUUCAUCUGUUCAUCGCUCUUCAUUUAUUGUCUCUGUCGCUCGUUUUGUUUUUCAAGACACUUCGCAAGAACUGCGAACAAAAGCAUGCUUAACCAAAAUGUAAUGAUGAUUAUUAUUACCAAUAAAAGGUCAAUUUGUUUAGCUAAA